AUGGAGACUUCUUCUAAGCUCCCCCUUCAUCUCUGCCAUGUCCACAAGCUUUCAAUCUUCAUCAACCGGACACAUAUAUUCUUCCACUCUAUAGCUUUAGUCUUCUUGCUUUACUACAGAGCUUCUUUCUUCUUUUUCCAAGACACUACCAAAACCAAAGCAACCACCGUAGCAUGGCUUCUUGUGUUUGUCUCGGAAAUCCUCCUAUCCUUCGAGUGGCUCCUCAGCCAGUCUUUUCGAUGGCGUCCCGUUUCGCGAACCGCAUUCCCAGAGAGGCUGCCUGGCGAUGAUAAGCUCCCAGCUGUUGAUGUGUUCAUCUGCACUGCGGAUCCGGAGAAGGAACCGACUGUGGGGGUGAUGAACACUGUGUUAUCUGCCAUGGCAAUGGACUAUCCGCCAGAUAAACUUCAUGUGUAUCUGUCCGAUGAUGGUGGUGCUGCUGUGACUUUGAAGGGUAUGAGGGAGGCUUGGAGGUUUGCAAAGUGGUGGCUUCCAUUUUGUAGGAGGUAUGGGAUCAAGUGCAGGGCUCCGGAGGCUUAUUUCUCUGCAGAGGAGGAGGAUGCUGAUUUUGGCGGCAGCGAGUUCAUUCAAGACAGAGAAGAUAUUAAGGAGAAAUAUGAGGUGUUCAAGAAAAGAGUAAGAGAAAAAGCAACAGUUGAGGACACAAGGAGCAGACUGGGUCGAGAUCACCCUGCACUGAUUGAGGUUAUACAAGAAACAACCAGUGAUGAUGCAAUUCAAGAAAAUGAAACCAAAAAUAUGCCUCUCCUUGUUUAUGUUUCUCGUGAGAAAAGGCCUUCUCAUCCCCAUCAUUUUAAGGCUGGAGCGCUCAAUGUUCUUCUGCUAUGGCAAGGUUAUGAUGGGGUUGGAGGGCCAUGUGUGUCUGGUACGGGCUAUUACAUCAAGAGGUUGUCCUUAUGUCCAAACUCCAUACAUGAAGAUGGGGAUCCCAUGAAACUUAGACAAUCUUUUGGUCCAUCCAAUGAGUUCAUAAAAUCCCUCCACCAAAACAACAAGCCUGAUAUACUCAUCCACAGAAAGAAUGCAUUGCUAAAUGAAGCCCAACUUCUAGCCUCCUGUGCCUUCGAAAAUGGCACCGAAUGGGGGGAAGAGGUUGGUUUCAUGUAUGGGUCUGUGGUGGAAGAUUACUUCACAGGGUUUCGUUUGCAUUGCAAAGGUUGGAUUUCAGUGUAUUGUAAUUCACCAAGGCCACAGUUCUUGGGCAGUGGCACCACCAAUUUGAAUGACUUUUUAGUCCAAGGGACUAGAUGGGCCUCUGGGUUGGUUGAUGUUGCUAUCUCCAAGUUUUGUCCUCUUAUAUUCGGCCCUUCGAAAACGUACACUUUCGUUCAAAGCAUGUGUUAUGCAGAACUUGCUCUUUUCCCCAUUUUGUAUUUCUUGCCAUUGUGGUGCUUUGCUACCAUACCUCAGCUCUGCCUACUCAAUGGCAUUCCUUUGUACCCAGAGGUCUCAAAUUCAUACUUCAUCGUAUUUUCGUUCAUAUUCCUAUCGUCGAUUUCAAAACAUUUAUAUGAAGUUCUCUCAACGGGAUUUACAUUUCGACAUUGGGUAAAUGAGCAAAGGAUAUGGAUGAUGAAGUCAAUUACAUCUCACUUAUAUGGCAGUGUGGAUGCCUUCAUGAAGAAAAUUGGUAUGAGAGAAGCCAGUUUCUUCCCAACCAACAAAGUUGAAGAUGUUGACCAACUCAAGCGUUACAAUAUGGGGGUGUUUGAUUUCCAAACAUCAAUAUUAUUUCUUGCUCCAAUGGCUGCUCUGGUGAUCUUGAACAUGGCUUCCUUUGUAGUUGGGAUUUCUAGAGUCAUCUUUUUGGGGGAGUUGGACAAAUUUUUCAUACAAGUUUUCAUACCCUUUUAUGUCAUUUUGAUGAAUUACCCUAUCGUUGAAGGGAUGCUGAUAAGGAAAGACAAGGGUCGCAUUCCACCAUCAGUCACAUUACUCUCUGCCAUAGUUUCCUUGAUUUUCUAUUUUUUAGGUUCUAUUAUUUUCAUGUAG